AGAAGGAGAAGAAGAAGAAAGCACAUAUUUUCAGUGUUAAAAUAUCUUUUUUCUCUGGUUUCGGAUUCGUUGUGAUUUAUAAAAAUGUGACCGGAGCCGUCUGAAACUUCGCCGUCUGGAGGCUUGUAGAGAGCAGAAGCCUAACAGAGAAAUCUAAAUCGCUGUCUCUGCUCUCAUACUUGGUUUUGUUGGUGAAUUUGGCAGCUAGGUUAGCUCUAAGGUUAGCUUCUCUCUGUAUUGUCCCGUUGAGGGUUGACAGAGAUUAUCAACUGUCCAGAAUAAUUUCUCACCUUUCCCUCAGCUUUACGUCUUAACCGUUAGAGAUGGGAAACCUGAGCAGCAGGUUCCAGUCUCCCUCUCAGGGACCAGAGGAAGCAGCAGAGGGCGCGAUCAGCAGCCGAAGACAUGGCUGCGAGUGUAAGAAGAGGAAACGGAAUGCUCAGUGUGACUGCGACAGCGAACAGGAGGAAGAAGACAUACUAGACACACCUCGCAGGAAGAAAUUGAAAAGCACCUCAAAGUACAUUUAUCAAACCUUGUUUCUAAAUGGAGAAAAUAGUGAUAUUCGUAUCUGUGCUCUGGGGCAGGAGUGGAACCUCCAUAAAGUGUACCUUUGUCAGUCUGGAUAUUUCUCUAGCAUGUUCAGUGGCUCUUGGAAGGAGUCCAACAUGAUGGAAAUCAACUUGGAGAUUCCCGACCAGAACAUCGACGCUGAAGCUCUGCAAGUCGUCUUUGGAUCUCUGUACCGGGAUGAUGUUCUGAUCAAGCCCAGCCGGGUCAUCAGCAUUCUCGCUGCUGCGUGCAUGCUACAGCUGGAUGGCUUGAUCCAGCAGUGCGGUGAAACCAUGAAGGAAAACAUCAGCGCCAAGACUGUGUGUGGCUACUAUGCUUGUGCCAGCAUCUACGGCCUGGAUUCAGUCAUGAAGAAGUGCCUUGAAUGGCUUCUGAACAAUUUGAUGACCCAUCAAAAUGUUGAGUUGAUGAAAGAACUUGGGGCUGAUGUGAUGGAGCAUCUCAUUCAGUCCUCAGACCUAUUCGUCAUGCAGGUGGAGAUGGAUGUGUACACUGCUCUGAAGAAGUGGAUGUUUCUGCAGCUGAACGCUUCAUGGGACGGUCCAAUCAAGCAGCUUCUGGCCGAUGCCGACGCUUGGCUUUGCAAACGCAGGACAGACCUGUGUGAAAAGGAGCCGUUCUUAAACACAGAGGACGGCGCGCUGUUUCGCUCCGUCUUCAGGCUCGUCCGUCUCCAGUACAUCAUCAACGAUCUGGCAUCUGCUCGCAUCCUGGAGAGAGACAAUAUUCUGCCCCCUGAGUGGCUGACUGCGAUGUACAAAAACCAGUGGUUUGCUAUGCUCCGGACAGAAUUUGACAACGAUAACGGACCUCAGGAGCCCAACAAAGACGAGUUUGAGCUGAACAGCAUGAGGUGUGGCAGGAAGCUGAGUAAAGAUGGAGAUUACUGCUGGAGGUGGACGGGCUUCAACUUCGGGUUUGACCUAUUAGUCACUUACACAAACCGCUUCAUAGUCUUUAAAAGGAAUACACUCAGUCAGCCAUGUGGGGGCGCUGUGAGUCUACAACCACGGAGACAUCUGGCUUACAGGUUACGUCUCGCCUCCUUUGACAGCCGAGGGAAGCUGGUCUGCAGUCGCUCUACGGGUUACCAGCUCCUCACCCUGGAGAAAGACCAGGAAUACGUGGUGAUGAACCUGGACAGCCGGUUGCUGUCGUUCCCGCUGUAUGUGUGCUGUAACUUCCUGUAUACCUCGCCUCAUUCAGACCACCGUCCAGAUUCCUCGGAGCCAGAAAGCGCCGCUCGCGCUGCGUCUUGAUAGCUUCUAAUGUCCACUA